AUGGCUCUAAUUUUGAGAGGAUCAGUAGCUACACCUUUCCUGAUAACUUGGAUCGAGCACAUGGAAUAUAAUGAAAAUGUUGUCCACCAUAUGUAUCGCCCUAUGGUCAGGUCUGGUAUUGGUUUUGGCGCACAAAGGUGGAUGGCUACUUUGCAAAGGCAAUCUGUAUUUUUGGGAUUAAUGAGGUCAUUCAAUGACCCCACAGUUGGUUUAAAUGGUGAGAAAAAUGUAGGAAUGUUGGCUCAACGCAUGACUCACAACUUUUGUGCAGGGGUUUGUGGAACCACUCACCAAUGGCAAAUAAUUCAAUUAGCAAAGGGUAAAGGUGUUAAAUUGAUGAAGAGAAACAAUAUUAGUGACCUCGGUGAACCUAGUGGUACAGUGUUGAGUGCCACAAAGACCAUCUGGUUGCCCGUGAAACAUCAACGUUUGUUUGAAUUCCUUAUGAAUGAACAAACGAGGAGUCAAUGGGAUGUCUGGACUAUUAGUUAUUUCAUGAAACUAAUGGUCUACAUUCCCAAGGAUCACAAUAUUGAUAAUAACAUCUCUCUUUUUCAUGUUAAUGGGCAUGACACCAGUACUAAUCAAAAUAACAUGAUGAUCUUGCAAGAUACUUGCACGGACGCAACAGGAUCCCUUUUAGUAUAUGCAACAAUGGAUUCACUAGCAAUGAAUGUGGUGAAGAAAAAAGGGGACCCUUCUGGUGUGGCUCUCUUUCCAUGUGGAAUUGCAAUUGUGCCUGAUUCUUUUCAAGAUUAUAAUACGGCAAAUAACUUCAACAGAAUUCUGGGAGAGAAUGAUAAUGGAUUCUGUGGUGGAUCACUUGUGACCAUUGGGUUCCAAAUGUUGGUGAAAACCAUUCAUUCUAAAAAGCACACUAUAGAGUCAGCCAAAAAAGCAAAUGGAAUCAUCUCUGGUAUAAUUAACGGGAUCAAAACUUCUCUCAAGUGCAAGUGA